AUCCAGCUGAUAGACAUGCUCUCAGGAACAGGCCUGUCUGUGAUCGAGGCCACCAGCUUUGUCUCUUCAAAGUGGGUACCGCAGAUGGCAGACCACACUGAUGUUCUCAGAGGAAUCCAGAGAGCGCCUCAUGUUCGGUACCCCGUUUUGACACCAAACAUGCAAGGCUUCCAGGAUGCCGUUGCAGCUGGUGCUACUGAAGUGGCGGUGUUUGGGUCAGCGUCUGAAACCUUCAGCAAAAAAAAUAUUAACUGCUCUAUUGAUGAAAGCAUGCUGAGGUUUGAGGAGGUCAUUAACACUGCCAAAGAGCGCCAAAUUCCAGUCCGUGGAUAUGUGUCUUGUGCCCUCGGUUGCCCCCACGAGGGACACAUUGAGCCGUCCAAAGUUGCUGAGGUGGCAAAGAGGUUAUAUGAAAUGGGCUGCUAUGAGAUUUCCUUGGCGGACACCAUCGGUGUCGGUACUCCAGGAUCCAUGUUGAAGAUGCUGCAGGGGGUGAAGAAGGAGGUGCCCAUCAGCGCUCUAGCGGUACACUGCCAUGAUACUUACGGGCAAGCGUUGCCAAACAUUCUCACCGCACUUCAGAUGGGAGUCUCUGUGGUGGAUUCUGCUGUGGCUGGCCUGGGAGGCUGCCCCUACGCACAGGGUUCAUCUGGCAACGUUUCAACGGAGGAUGUUCUCUACAUGCUCCAUGGCAUGGGCAUCGAAACAGGUGUGGACCUUUCCAAAGUCAUAGAGGCUGGUUGCUUCAUCUGCAAUGCUUUAUGCCGCAACACAAACUCCAGAGUUGCCCAGGCAAAAAGCAGGACACUGUGAUGUGUCUCUGUAAAAGGAUUAUGUUCAAUUUUUGGCUCUUUUCCCUUUAAAGUGCUUCCCCUGUUGUUGCUGCCUUCAGAUUUGUUGCCUAUGCUUCUGUAUUUGAAGUACAUUGAUCCUUGUGUCUGACGUAACUCUUCCAAAUCAUCUUGAGAAAUGUCAGAAGAUUUCACCUCCUCUUUCAUUUCCAAUUUGCACCUUUUCCAUCUGUUUACGCG